AUGUUUCUUCGCUCCAUCGCUCGCGCUGCUCCUCGCAGCCCGGCCGCCAUCCGUGCCGGCCCAUUGGCCUCGCUGAACGCCCUGCAGGCCCGCGCUGCCUCCGACCACGCCAUUGCCAACCCUACUCUGGCCUCCAUCGAGAAGCGCUGGGAGGGCAUGCCCCCUCAGGAGCAGGCCGAGCUGUGGAUGCAGCUCCGUGACCGUAUGAAGGUUGACUGGCACCAGAUGACCCUCCAGGAGAAGAAGGCCGCCUACUGGAUUGCCUUUGGUCCUCACGGUCCCCGCGCUGAGACCCCCAAGGGCGAGGGCCUGAAGAUCUUCUUCAAGGUUACCCAGCUCACCCUCGCCUCCUUCCUCGUCUUCUACGCUAUCCACUACUUCGCCAAGCCCCAGCCCAAGACCAUGUCCCAGGAGUGGCAGGAGGCCUCCAACGAAUACGCUCUGUCCGAGAAGAUGAACCCCAUCCACGGUAUCAGCAAGCCGGGCUACGAGGGCAAGGGCUUCGUCCAGAGCGCCCCCGCCGAGAAGUCAUAA